CGGCUGCCUUGUCUUGUUGCACCUCUCAUCCUUGCUCCUUCUUCCUCCUCUCCCCUUAAUCCCUUGUCAACGCGGCAACCAUGGCGGCCCCAAGGCUUCCAUUCCUUUACCCAAAUCUGAUGCGCGCAGUUCGAUCCUGCGAACCCCAUACCUACCGUUCUCUUCGCCUUUCAUCCCGCAACCAGUACGCUCCCUUCCACACCAGUCCACGACGAAAUCAGGAAACCUAUCAUCGAAGAUACGGGCCUGCCGCAGAAGCGAACCUACCACCGCCCUCCAAACCUAAAGAUGAACCAGCUCGUCAACAGCCCACCAACUCUUCAUCCGGGAAAGACAAGGACAGCAAUGCUGCUUCAUCUCCGAACCCAACCCCACCAGCGCAAUCGCAGCCAAAGGACACCGACACCACCUCCGAGGCCUCAUCACAGUCGCAACAAGACAAGUUUGCCUCUGCAGACACAGAACUGCUAGAUGAGGAGAAAUCCGCACAAGAACAAGAGCCCCGUGAAGACUCCGAGCCCAUCCUCGACGCCCGUGAUGCCGAUGAGGUCAAUGCUAUAUCAAGCGAAAGACCCCCCGAGGAAUCCAUCCAUCUUCACCAUCCACUCAACCAGAACCCUCUCGAGGGUGUACUUCACAUGCCAUCUCCUUCAUCCUACCUGACUACAACCGGCGGUCUCGCCUCCGAAAAUAACCACCCGAACCUCGCCCCAGCCCCUUACGUUCAUCAUUUCGAUACAUAUUCGCUCGUUCGCGACCUCUCCACAGGCGGCUUCUCCGAAGAACAAUCCGUCACAAUCAUGAAGGCAGUCCGGACCAUCCUACACAGUAACCUCGAUCUCGCACGCCAAAGCCUGACCUCCAAGUCGGACGUUGAGAACGAAUCCUACCUGUUCAAAGCAGCUUGCUCGGAACUCCAAUCCUCUUUACAGACGGCCAGAAACUCCGAAAUGCAGCGUCAGCGGACGUCCCGAACACAGCUACAGCACGAGUCUGACAUUCUAUCUCAACGCUUGAACCAGGAACUGGCCGGUCUGAAAGACGACAUCAAGGGAAUGUUCAACGAUCACAAGAUGACGACCCGCGAACAACAGCGGAGCAUCGACACCUCUGUACAGGAACUAAAUUACAAAAUCACAGUCUCUCUGAACAGUGACGGCAAGAGCGAAAUUGAGGGCCUGCGCUGGAUUCUAACCAGGAGAGCUGCUAUGGCCGUUGCUACUAGUGCCUUCAUGAUCAUCUGCUUCCUGAAGUACUACUCUGUCCGCAAGGCGCAGGAGAGCGCGGAGAAGAAAAAGAAAGAGCAAGAUCUCCCAGUCAAGGGCGGAACUAAAGAGGCCCGAGCAGCAGCUGCCGUCGCCGGCCGGGAUCCUCUCCAGCCCAAGUCGGCGCCAGUUCCGGGGGUUCAUCUUGGAGAGUCCCUUGGCUGAACUUCCAUUACCCUCCUUUCAUUCCCAGUUCAAAUGAUUUUACCGAUUGUACAACAACCAAUCCAUCUACUUCCUACUUCUCCUGUAUAUCAUCCAUUCUUAUACCAGUUAUAGAUCUUCUCCUUUUGUUUUCUUAGCCC